GCCAAAAUGAAGUGAAAUCAGCUGAAGAGAAGCAAGAGAAAGAUUAGCUCACACAUCUGGACGAAAGCGAUAACCUGCUCACCUAAUUCGGUGCAGGAGUACUACAAUUACACUUUAAUAUACAAUGGAGAAGAGGUGAUCUUGUCCUUUUGCUGCUGAAGAAAUAUAAUCAAAGAUCAUGGGAAAUUCAUACGCGGGACAGCUGAAAUCUGCCCGCUUUGAGGAAGCUCUCCAUAACUCAAUAGAGGCCUCAUUAAGAUCAAGCGGUGGUGAUCCACAGCCGGUUUUCACACAGUUGUAUCUUGAGCCUGAUCAGUAUCCUGGUCAUGUAGAAGAUAUUAAGCCCAAAAUGGACCUGAGCCUGAGAUCCGACCCGUCCAGCCAUGUGCUUGUAAAAUGCCACUCUUCAAAUUCUGUAGAGGAUAUGGAUGAAGAGGACGAUUCAGACGCCAGCAGCCCACCGUUGCCUUACCUGCAAGGACCCCCUCCUGAUGGCUGCUGCACUGUUGAUGGGUUCUGUCAAGCAGGAAAAGAUCUGCGCCUGGUUUCCAUGGCAACAGAGUCUAUUGAGGUUCCUGCAGGGUUUGAGCUGGUCGGAGCUAAAUCGCCCAGCAUCCCAGAGCACAUCCUCGUCUGUGCAGUGGACAAGCGCUUCCUGCCAGAUGAGAAUGGGAAAAAUGCACUUUUAGGGUUUUCAGGGAACUGUGUGGGUUGUGGUGAGAAAGGGUUUCGUUACUUCACCGAGUUCUCCAACCACAUCAACCUGAAGUUAUCCACUCAGCCGAAGAAGCAGAAGCACUUAAAGUACUACCUGGUGAAGAAUUCUCAGGGUGCUCUGUGCAAGGGGGCCCUCAUUUGCUGGAAAGAUUGUAAGACACGACCGUUCUCAAAUAGUGCUUCUUCAUCCAAGCCUAGUUCCUCAUCCUCACUAAGCAGCAAAGAAAAUGGAGACACAAAUGGCCACAGUCCAUCUCCCUUCCCCCUCUCAGACUCGCCUCCUGCCCGUAUGCAAUCUGGCUCAUCCUCUGGGAUUUUUGGACCCCAGGAGCUGGGCUUCCUUAAACCAUUGAACACACCAACUCACGGGACCAAGACAUUACCAAUCGUUCCCACUGCCCUCCGAGUAAAUGGUCUAACUAAUGGUCUCAGUAUGGAUGGACGGUCCAGUCUACUGAGCCCACCUCGUACAAACCCACUCUCCACCCCUAGUCAUGGCUAUAGGACCACAGAACCAGGAGACAGUCCAGCAUCCACUGCUAUGUCGACAGGUCCACCAAAAAAACGGCAUCGUAGUUGGCAUCCCACCACUUUAGUGCCCAUCCCAGCCACAGCUGUCCCUGUACCAGCCAUCCGACCGCUGACCUGCGGCUCUGGUCCUUUAUUGUCCCUGUCCAAUCAACAGCCUGCAUCAGUGUCAGGGGUCAUACAACCACAGCCAAUCACAGCAGGAGAAACGGUCAUCAUUCCUGACAACCUUCUGAACUCCUACGGGGUCCGGCCGGUCCUUCUCAUUGGUCAAGGUACUUUACCAUAUUUCUUUGGCAAUGUGGGUGAUCUGGUGGUGAGCCCCCUGCUGGUGAGCUGCUACAAGGGCAGAGAGCUCAACGAGAAGACCUUGGCCAGUCUGGGCAUGACAGCAAACCAAUUACUGACCACAGAGACCAUGAUACUGCUCACACUGCAGUACCUCGCUCGACUGGGUACAGAGCAGAUACCGUUACGGGAAGAGUUUGAGCAGAUCAUGUUGAAGGCCAUGCUGUGUGGUCCGACUGGCCCUCCAGUGUCACCCGCACAGCUUCCCUGGUUAGCUCGAAUGGAGGCCAGUGUGUCAGGGGGCAGUGUUCAGGUGCUGGUCACCCAUGGCUCUCUUGGUGAGGGCAUCUCUGAGUCUCUGCGCUCACUGAGUGAAACAUCACCACAGCAGCAGCAGUGUCUCCCCAACUAUGUGCUCAUUAUCUGCACAUCCAAAAGUGGAGCCAAUGAGUUCUGUGUGCUCGUGUUGGGCAAGUAUCAGUCUCGAGCCUUGGCAGAGAGCAUGCUCACUACAAAUGAGUUUCUGAAGGAGAUCAGCUAUGAGCUCAUCACAGGGAAAGUUAGUGUACUAGCCUCACACUUCCAGAGCACCUCAUUAGGUGACAAUAUGGACAAACAGCUGGUUCGGUAUCAGCGUAAACGCAAAGACCGGGUGGUUCAGCCAUUUCAGGGGCAUCUCACCGAGUACAUCCACUCCCAGGAAGCUGCGGCCAUGAUACCAGAAUCAGGGCCAGAUCUGCUGAGUGAUGACUUUCAGAUACACCCUCCUCAGUUGAGCGUUGCACGAAGCCUUUUGUCACAGGUUUGUGCUAUUGCUGACUCAGGGAGCCAGAGCUUAGAUCUGGGCCGAUUCUGCAAGGUAGACUUCCUGAUUCUGGUGCCACCCUCUCAUGUGCUGGUUCACCAAACAGUCCAACGAAUACGACAAUCAGGCGUCCUGAUAGAUCUAGGUAUAGAGGACGUGUCAUUAGCCAUGCAGAAGUCUGACAAGUAUGUGGUGCGUCUGGACACGGAGGUCCACACAAAAAUGGAGGCCUUCAUGAGGAAGGUCAAACAAAAUCCUUAUACACUCUUCGUCCUCAUUCAUGACAACUCGCACGUGGACCUGACAAGUGCUCUUUCAGGGUCUGUUUGUCAUGGGGAGCUGCAGGGAUUGGCUGAUCGUGUGGUGAACUGUCCAGAGGUUCUGGAAGCAAUAAACCUAUUGGUGCUGCAGGUCAGCUGCUUUCCGUUCACCCUGCAGAGCCGGCAGUCACGAAUCAGUACCCAGAAUGAAGUGCACUGGCCCAACACUGAGAACCAGCAGGGUGAAGCUUCUCCUAAAGACCUGAUCUACUUUGGACUGAAGGACUACAGCAAGUCUCUGCAGUGGGGAGUGGCGAGUCCAAUUCUGCGAUGUGAUGACGCCUUUGAGCGGAUGGUUAAAACCCUGUUGGAGAGGCACCCACAUUUGCACAGUAUGGUGAUCCGCAGCUACCUGUUGAUCCAGCAGUACACAGAGGCUCUGAUGGCCCUCACAGCGGCCCCUUCUCUGCGAGAUCACGUGACCCCUCAGACACUCGCCAUGGUGGAGGAUCUGCUGAGUGUGCCAGGCCGCAGCAAGCACGGGUGUGGACACAUGCUGCUGGUGCGUGUGCCUUCACUGCAGCUGGCACGACUGGCACAGGAGCGGCUGGAGGAGGCCCGGGACAAGCUGGGACUGCAGUAUCGCUUUGCUGUGCUGCUGGGAAGCCCUGCUGCGGAGAUCAGCCUGCCAGUGCACUUCUGUGCUCGUCUGCGGGCUUGGAGGGGCUGUAAAAAUGAGGAGUGGGUCCCACAUACAUAUGAAGAUCUGGAAGGACUUCCAUGCAUUGUCAUUCUCACUGGAAAAGAUCCUCUUGGAGAAACCUUCCCGAGGUCACUAAAGUACUGUGAUUUGCGGCUGAUUGACUCCAGCUACCUGACUCGAACAGCGCUGGAACAAGAAGUGGGUUUGGCCUGUUCAUAUGUAACACAUAGAGUAAUACCUAAGACCAAAAUGGCUACGAGCAGAGAAGAGAGACCGAGAGAAGGUGAAAGGAGCUCUGGAGAAACAGCAGAACAUGACGAUCUCCACAUGGAGCUGGAAAGACCACCCAGCAAUGCCAGUGCUGCUACUAGGACCUCCGGCUCCACCACAGAAAAUGGCGUCAGUUCUUCAAGUAUACUUGAUAAGCCGCCCUCGCAGAGUGACCCAUCCGGAAGCAGGACUAUGAUGGAUUCUUGCUCCUCUCCUGUCCGCUUCAAGCAAGAGUGCGACUCUCAGGCUCCCUCAUUCUCCGGCACAUCCUCGUUCUCCUCUGCUUCCUCCUCCUCUUCUUCUUCCUCCUCUCCGGCAGCUCAGAGACCGAGUCAGUCUACACAGGCUCCACGUGAAUGUAACAGGACGCAGGUCUUUCCCCGGACAGUGGUGCUGUCCCGGGCCGCAUAUACCCUGCUGGCUCCUGAGACUCUGGGUCAUCCCAGUUCUGCCUCUCUGCUGCCCCAUGCAGAUGUGUCGUGGAGCAGUCCGCUCAGACCGCCGGUUCCUCAUGGCCUUGGUGGAGCAGAGCAGUCCCUGUACUAUCGUCAAUGGACCACAGCCAGACAACACCACGCUGAUUAUGAAGGCCCAGCGCCCCAUCCCCACCCAAGAAGACUGCUGCUGAGCGGCCCGCCACAGGUUGGAAAAACAGGUGCGUAUCUGCAGUUUCUACGCAUUCUGUUCCGUAUGCUGAUUCGUCUUCUGGAGGUGGACGUUUAUGAUGAAGAAGAGCUGGAGGAAGAUGUGCUAGACAAAUCAAAGGUUCCCCCUUCCAGUGGGCCACAGUGGCCUGAUGUGGAAGAUGUCCGCAAACUGAGAUUUGACCUCUACCCUCAUGACUGCAAGUUCCGAUAUUCAAGUCCAGUGUAUGCCAACAGGAUGCCAAAAACACAGAAUGGGGUUAAAACAGAAAGACUGGAUGCAGAAGCGGACCCACCAAAAAGAAACACAGUGUCUGUUAGACUCAGCCUGUUUGCAGCCCACAAUGCAUUUCACCACUGUGAGCAGUGCCACCAUUACAGUGAACCUACUCCUGCUGCUCAGCUUUCCGACUGCACCUUCCACGCUUUCACCUUUUGCUCAUCUAUGCUGGGAGAGGAAGUCCAGCUGCACUUUAUCAUCCCUAAAUCCAAAGAGCCUCAUUUUGUGUUCAGCCAACAGGGCAGUCAUCUAGAGAGCAUGAGACUGCCUCUGCUUUCAGACAAGGAGUCGGGCAUGAUGAAAAGCCCAAUAUUCACCCCCACCACGGGCCGCCAGGAGCACGGCCUUCUCAACAUCUACCAUGCCAUGGAGGGAGCCGAGCACCUCCACAUCCUGGUGGUCAAGCAGUAUGAAAUGCCUCUCUAUAGGAAAUACUGGCCCAACCACAUCCUGCUGGUGCUGCCUGCCAUGUUCAACAACUCUGGAGUCGGUGCAGCUCGAUUCAUGAUCAAAGAACUGUCCUAUCACAACCUGGAGCUGGAGAGGAACAGACAAGAGGAACAGGGCGUCAAACGGCAGGACGUGUGGCCCUUCAUUGUAAUGAUGGAUGACUCCUGUGUCCUGUGGAACAUCCAACAACCUGGACCAGAUGGCAAAACAGAGGUGAUGAACGUGUCUCUGAAGAGUGUCUUGCAGCACAUGGAAGCCACUCCAAAGAUCUCCCAGUAUGCAGUAUGUGGCCUGCGCAAAUGGAGCAGUAGUUUGUCUUCUCAAGCUCCCACAAGCCCUUUCUCUCGCUGUCAUCUCCAUGACCUCAUCUUGCUGAAUGUCGACCUCACACAGAACGUCCAGUAUGACCUCAAUCGGUUCACAUGUGAAGAGGUGGACUUUAACCUGAGGGCAAACAGCAGUGGUCUUCUGCUCUGCCGCUUCAAUUACUUCAGCAUCAUGAAGAAACACAUCCCCAUUGGAGGACAUAAAGACUUCCUCAUCAAACCCAAACUCAUGAGGAUAGAGACGCCGGUUCGGGUGUGUGCAUCUCAAUAUGUGUGUGCUCCGGACAGCGAACAAACGCUGUUGUCUGCGCCGGCUCAGUUCCUGCUGGAGAAAUUUCUGCAGUCCUGUAGCCAUCGGCUCUUUCCUCUGGCCCUCUGUAACAGCGCUAACCCUGUGUUAUCCAUAGACAGCUACCUCAACCUUGGACCAGAGGUUCAGGUGUGUUAUGUGAGCUCUCGACCUCAUUCUGUGAAUGUAGAUCAUCAAGGUGUCAUUUUCAGUGGCCUGCUGCUCUACUUGUGUGACUCCUUUGUCGUUUCAAGCCUCCUAAAGAAAUUCAACUUCCUCAAAGGCGCCACGCUGUGUGUGAUCUGUCAGGAUCGGAGCUCUCUGCGUCAGACUAUUGUACGUCUGGAGUUGGAGGAUGAGUGGCAAUUUCGCCUGCGAGAUGAGUUUCAGACGGCCAACUGCAGCGAGGACCGUCCGCUCUACUUCCUCACAGGACGACAUAUCUAAUCUCCAAAUCUCCAUUUACCUUCAACUCUUUGCCCCAAAACACACAAGAUGUUUUUCAGCCUCAAAACUCCAGAGUUUCUGCCUCUGAAGAGAAUAUAAUAAAGCCUCAUUCACACUAUUUCGGCAAAGCGACCAUUUAUUUCAACUGAAAGUGAGCGACCUCCGUCUACGUGAGCGACAGCGACCGUUGAUGUCAAGCGAUGUGACAAAGUUAAGAAACCUUCAACUUUAUGCAAAUGAGAAGCAACUUUCUUGAGCGACAGCCAAUAGGAGCACCAGUAGAGCUCAUGUGAUCCUCUCUCAGGUCUGCUGUAGACCUACACAGACCUGCGUUUGCAGUAGAUAGCCACCCAGAGUGACAGUCAGCUACAAAAUUGCUGCUUGUGUGAAUGAGGUGUAAGACUUGAGAUGCUACCUUAAAUGAGGUUUAAGAUACUCUGGAGAGUGUCUAAAAGAAAAGAUACUGUGCUGGAUACAGAUGUUGUGCGUUUCAAUUUUUGUACAUUUUAGAAAAACAUUCGGAACUUUGUUGGUGAUUUUUGAUUUUGUGUGUCUUAUCACGCAAGGACAAUGCGAAGGACAGAUAUGUUCUUCUAUAUAUAU